GGCGGCUCGGCCCUCUUCUGGGCGGCCAAUCGCGGGUGAGACGCCGGGCGCGCACGCUCCUUGGAGUUUAACGGUCGCGUGAGGCCAAUUUCUCGACCCUGACCAGACAGAGGCGAGGAGGCCAGGUAAGCGGUCGCGGCUUUUGGGGAGCUGCGUGCCGCGAGGGCUGCGGAUCGAGUCCUAGACGAUCCCAUCGGAGGGGACCCCCUUGGACUCUUUGGAAGUGUAGCAGACUUCACAGUUCUGAAUGUCAGCUGCUGAGGAUGCUGGUAGAUGAUGAAGCAGCUGAAGAGGACUCGGAAUCAGUCUCCUUCAGGAGAAGCAAGAGUGUUUCCAGAUGACAGAGCUUAACAAUUUUUGUACAAUAUGGAGGAUUUUGAUUUGGUGGAAACUUUACAAAAAAUUUCACCUUCUGUAGACUCUGACAUCAGAAGUACUCCCCAUUCUCUUGGGUUGAGCUUGUGUACUAAUAGAAGUAGUCCCCACCUUAGUACAAAUGGGGUAUCCUCUUUCUCAGGGAAGACCGGGCCACCUGUCAUUCAAGGCACAGUCGAAGUCCUCACCGCUUUAACACAAGAGCUGCAGAACAGUGGCUGGACUGACUCAGAACUUUGGAAGAACUGUGAGGCCAGGUGGUUGCAGCUGUUCAGUGUGGUUGAGCGACGAUGCCAGGAGCAGGUUGUCGCCCAGCAGGAGCAGUUCCACAGGCAGAUCCAGCGCAUCCAGGAGGAGAUAAGGAAGUUAGUGAGACUGCAGCUCAGCAGUGCUCCCCGGCCGUCCUGUAGCAGCAGCUCUGUGAGGGAGCAGGCGUCCUCAGAAAACCAAAUGGGCUUCUUUUCUGAAAACAGCAAAAGAAAUGAGUCUGCUCUCAGUUACCCAGAGUCCAAGGAGCCUAAGACACAGCCAGAUUCAUCCACAUUCCAUCCAGACUGCAAUGUGGACAGCAGCUCAGUGAGUAGUGGCUACGGCACCUUCUGCAUCCUGGAGAUGAACACCCACAAGGCUAAGGAGCCCAUGGAGCCUGAGGCAGCUUCCCAGGGGCAGCGCACAGCCCCUGCGGUGCAGACACAUGCCCCUGUGGGUGAUACAGCAGCCAUAAACUUUUUUGCACAGACCCCUGAAGAGCUUUGUGCAUCUCUAAAGGAAGAUGUCUCCACUUUUCCUGGUGAAUUUGAACAUAAUUUUCUUGGUGAAAACAAGAUUUCAGAAGUAUACAGUGGAAAAGCAAAUAGUAAGUCUAUAACAUCAUGGGCACAAAAGCUGAAGCAGAACCAGCCAAAGCAAGCACAUACAGAAGAUGGCUACUCAAGACCUAAGCCAGGGAUCGAGUCAAACUGGAAGCCUCCAGUUGAAACAUCCAACCUUUCUGCUGCCGCCACUCAUCCUUGUGCCUUUUACCUCAGUAAACCAACUGAAAGCCCAAGUUCUUGCAUGUCUGAUUCAGGAACAGGGCUGACUUACUGGAAGUUGGAGGAGAAGGACAUGUAUCACUCUUUGCCUGAAACUUUGGAGAAGACGUUUGUACCGUCCUCCCCAGAAAGGCCACUAAGCCAGGCCCUGACUCUGGAUCCAACCAUACACAUGAAGCCAAAGGAGCAGGUUGCGGGGAUUCGGUCCCAUGGCUUUUUGAAUACUGUUGAUGACAGAAUAUCCUUUUCACCAGACUUUGUUCUGGAGCCAAGCCUGUCUAGUCACUCUGACAUUGACUCGUUUUCACAAGCAAGUCAUAAUGCUUCUCAGGUAUCUGGGUUCCCCAAAUACCCUUCGACUAUGAAUGCAUCACCUGUGGACACUUGGAAAAACCAUGCAUUCCAAAGGGACAGUAGGACAAGUUCCACGAUCCCUUCACUCUACACCAUCACUAGCAACGAUACCUCAGUCAAAACUGUAGACGAAGAAAACACUCUCACAGUGGCUUCUGUCUCAGUCAGUCAGUCCCAGCUUCCAGGUACAGCCAACAGUGUCCCAGAAUGCAUUUCAUUGACUUCCUUGGAAGAUCCUGUGAUGUUGUCUAAAAUCAGGCAGAGCCUCAAGGAGAAGCAAGCACGGCAUAUAGCAGAUCUUCGAGCUUAUUAUGAAUCAGAGAUCAGUAGUUUGAAACAGAAACUGGAGGCAAAGGACAACUCUGCCAUUGAAGAGUGGAAGAAGAAAAAUGAAAUUCUUGCAGACAGAUGUAGCCAGUUGGAUAGUGCAUUGAAUGAAGCUACUAGUCGUGUGCGAACACUUGAAAAUAAGAAUAAUUUACUAGAAAUAGAAGCGAACGAUUUGAGAGAACGAUUCAAUGCAGCCAGCAGUGCCUCCAAAAUUCUGCAGGAACGAAUUGAGGAAAUGAGAACUAGCAAUAAAGAAAAAGAUAACACCAUCACUCGGCUAAAGUGUCGGCUGCAGGAUCUGGAAGAAGCAUUUGAGAAUGCUUACAAACUCUCCGAUGAUAAAGAAGCAAGACUGAAGCAAGAAAACAAAAUGUUUCAGGAUCUCCUAGGAGAGUACGAAUCCCUUGGGAAAGAGCAUGGUCGUGUAAAGGAUACAUUAAACACAACUGAGAACAAAUUGCUCGAUGCACACACUCAGAUUUCUGAUUUGAAAAGGAUGAUCUCCAAACUCGAAGCUCAGGUGAAACAAGUAGAGCACGAGAAUAUGCUGAGUGUUCGUCACAGCGCUAAAGCUCCCAUGAGGCCAUCCCGGGCCAACACAUUAGCGACCUCGGAUGUCAGCAGGAGGAAGUGGCUGAUUCCAGGAGCAGAGUACUCCAUCUUUACUGGGCAGCCUCUGGACACUGGGGACAGGAAGAUAGAUAACCAGCUGGAGGAAACCCUUGUUCCUGGAUACCGUUCUCCUCCAGAAAAGGACUCUUCACUUGGACGUUCACCAGCAAGCUUAUUGAUUAAAAAGCAGAGGGACACUCCAGACACACCAGUCAUGAAAGCUUUAAAGGAACUUGAUGAAGAAAGAAUAUUUAAGAAUUGGGAGACACAGACAGAGAAAGAGGAUUCCUCAUGUGAAUUAGUGAAUCCUCGGCAAACUGAACCUUCAGUCAAUACAGGGCGUUCCCCAGAGAAAUGUGGCCACCAGAGACCAAAGAGACAGAGUUCAGCUUCACAAAGAUCAUCGUCUCUCCCACCCUCCAGUCGUAAAGCCAGUACUCCAACAAAAAGAGAGAUUAUGUUAACACCAGUGACUGUGGCUUAUAGUCCUAAGAGGUCCCCUAAAGAAAAUUUGUCCCCAGGAUUUAGCCAUCUGCUUAGCAAAAAUGAAGGCAGUCCAGUUCGAUUUGAUAUCCUUUUGGAUGAUUUAGAUAUUGUUCCUGUGUCCACAUUACAACGAACCAAUCCAAGGAAACAGCUCCAGUUCCUUCCUCUGGAUGACUCGAAAGAAAAAAAGUAUUCAGAAAAAGCCAGUGACAACCCUGAUAAUCAUAGUUCUUGUCCUGAAACCUUGCCAAACGGAGUGAAGAAAGUGUCUGCGAGACAAGCCUGGGAGAAGAGUAAAUCAGUUAGCCUUGAGCAAUGUAAGCCACUGUCAGCAGCACCUCAGGGGAAUGAUUUUGAAUAUACAGCAAAAAUUAGGACCCUAGCUGAAACGGAGCGAUUCUUUGAUGAACUUACAAAAGAAAAAGACCAGAUUGAGGCAGCAUUAAGCCGGAUGCCUUCCCCUGGAGGAAGAAUCACUUUACAGACAAGACUAAAUCAGGAAGCCUUGGAAGACCGUUUGGAAAGGAUCAACCGUGAACUGGGUUCAGUUCGAAUGACACUCAAGAAGUUUCAUGUCUUGCGCAGCUCUGCAAACCUUUGAGAUUGGUAGCCAUUAAAGUUAAGACACCUUUGUUUGCACUGAUGUACAGUUAUGCACUCAGAAAAGGCAAGCUCUUUUGUACUGUUUAUAAGACUUCAAACAGUAGUUUUACAGUCAUGUUAUUCUUACACUUGCUAUUUUAUACUUCAAAUGGCCACAUAUUUUCAAGAUAUUUUUGUUAUGCUCAGGAACCUCUUGUAUAUUUUACUAUUUAAAAAGCAUUAUUUUUAAAUAGAGUAUGUCUUCAAUUUCUAUCAACAAUAAGGAAAUGUAAACAGGAGGUGGCUUGUUGCUAAGGAAAUAGUGUUAUCCUUUUACAAUGAACUUUGCACACCAAUUUUAUAAAUGUGUUCUACAUUGUAAAUAUAAUUCAUUUUUUAAAAUUAAUACUUAACAGCUUCCAUAAGGAUAGACUAACACGCUGAAUAUUAAAAAAUAGUAUAUUUUGCAUUUAAAUUCUGUAGAAGCUUUUUAGAAGUGAUAGCACAAUUCCUAUGUGAAACAUAUGCCUUGUAGUGAAUAGUAGAACAAUUAGGCCAGCAAGAGAGCUCAGCAGGCAAAAGUGCUUGCCACCAAGCCUUGUGAGAAAGGAGAAAUGACUCCCACAAGUUGUCUUCUGACCUCUACAUAUACACUUCGGCAUGUUCACACCCCAAUAAGUAAUUAAACAUGAAAAAUUAGUAAGACUUGAGCAUUAGAGAGUUUAAAAGCUACACAAGUUCAACUUGUUUGAUUUCCCUAAAAUAUUUGUAUUGGUAAGGGAAGAAAACAACUAGAGAUGGAAAGCAGCAGUGGAAAGCUGGAGUUUUCUGCCUAUCAUCAGGGUUUAAGUUGUGUUAUAACUUGGACAGUUUCCAGGGUAGCUCCAAUUUCUGUGAAGCAUAAAAAGCUUUCGCUCCCAAAGUCAUCAUCCCCCUAUUUUCACCUUCUUAACCUCACCUGACCUACCAUUCCACCCUUGCCAAAAAGAAAAAUACUUGCAUAGUAGCUGCUAUAAUAACUGUUGGUCUAGGCUCAGACCACUCUACUCUACCUGAUAAAGGACAGGGGAUGUGUCCAGAUAGAGCCUGGUGUCUUUCCCAGAGCCCUGCUGCAGACUAUAGCCUACCACAUGGGUGACAUUCCCUAGCUCUGUCUAAGAGCACUAUGUGGGCAGGAGAAGCUGUUCUGAUCUAGGAGCAGCAAGUAACCUGUUUCUGUUGGGACUGUUGGUAUGUCUGCACUGCUCACCCACUCAUUUUCUGGUGACCACUCUGAACCCAACAGCCAUGUAUUUGAGAUUGGAAUCUGCAAUAGACUCAUCUGAGCUCUCCUGGUUGAUUUCCAGGGCUAGUGGCUCAGGGUUUUGAUUUUGGUUUGCCUUUGAGUUUGUUCUGUGUACAUAGCUCUUCAUAUUUUUUUACAACAAACUAAUACAUCCCAGCAGUUCCAUUAAGGUGUGUAUGCCUCAGCAGGAUUUCAGGUGGUCUCUGAACAUUUUCUCACCAAAGCUUUACCUGGCAAUAGGUCUGGGCCCUGUCCUACUUGUGGGGACUCCUAGGUAGGAGGAGACCCUUGGGAUAGGACUGAACCUUUACAUUCACAUUUCAGUAACCAGAUGAAGACUUAAUCAGGAUUUCUUAUCAUUAGAAGCAAGUGCCUUUAUUCUUGAUUUUUCUUUUUGCCUUUUAAAAAUUAUGUUACAGAAAAGCAAGGUUCAUUUUAAUCAAGUUCCUGUACAACUUGUGUCUAGAGCUUACAAGGGGAUAGACUAUUUUUUAAGAUGCCCUGUAUUGAUAUGCAGAACUAACAAGCUGGGAGUAUAAUAUGUCCAGUGGUGGAGUCUUGCCUUGCAUGUGAGGGCACAGGUUCUGUCCCAGCGCCAAAAAACAAGACAACUUGAACAAGCUAACAGUGUUUUUGUAUAUCUCAUUGUUCCCUCCUUUUAUUGUACAGUCUACUACAUUCUCAAGAAGCAGGAAAUUGCCACUUCAGAAGAGGUGGUAGCUUUAUCUUGCCAAGGAGUUAUCUUCUUAGGUGCCUAUAAUUGGCUUAUUCCAAAAAAGGCAUUAAGUUCCAUCAAAACAUCUUCUGUGCUUCUCAGAAAGCAUAUGCUUUGGUUUUUGAAGUGUGUAAUAGAUUUAAACUAUCAAUUACUUAUUUGAAAAAGAAAUUUUAUUCUUCAUAACUAUGAAGAAAGGCACAAGGAAAAUUCUUGCAGCUGCCUCUCCCCUUAAUAAUGCAUAUCUUACGAACACUAAAAAUCAAGUUAGCUUAAAAGUAGGGAAGGUAGCAGUCUUAAAGACCAUCUGCUACCCAAGGGAGGCAAACUGUUUCUGUGCUGAGGUUAUGCUGCAGCUAGAAAAAAACAAAAAACAAAAACGUCAGUGAGUCUGAAUCUGCAGCCUCUGGGAAGUGCCUUUUAAAAUGUACAUAAAUAGUAAACUCUCCCACUGUGGAGAUCUGCCCCUUCCUUCUCACAAUACCUGUCUCAGGAGCUCCAAGGGAUGGCUGUAGGUGAGGCAUUAGUUUUAGAUAAUGUGCCCCUGCUGGGGAAGGGAGACUCUCAGUAGAGGAGGCCAAUAGGCCAGUGCUAGUGUGCACCAAACAGCAUGUUUCAGAUUCAUCAGCUACUGGGAGUGUGAGAUACUGAUUUUUUUUUUUUUUAAUGGCAUAUGAGGGCCUUGUACUUCCAGAGGACUCCACCACUGAGCUAUAUUCCCAACCCAGUGAUUUCUUUUGAAAGUUGAUGAUUUUGUUCCAGUCACUACAUUGGGUUGUCAUUUGUGUUAGGUGGUAUAUGUUGUCUUUGCUCUUUGAUAAAAUCAAGGGUUUUCUUGGUUUUUAAAUUAAUUUCCUUAAUGUUAUUUAUUUACUGGCUGACUAAAAGUUGUAAAAGGUUAACCCAUCAAAUGUGAAUUCCAAAAGCAUUUUCAUCUAAUGGGUGGAAGGAAAUGAUGGGGCAUAAAUAUUGGCUUCUUUCCAUUAUAGUUUAUUGUUAGUUUAACCAAAAUAAUUUUCCCCUCAAAUGUUUCAUGAUUAGACCUCCAAGGAGGAUGGUCCACCUGGAAGAGGUGCCUGCCACUGAGCCUUAGUUUAUAUGGAUUUACAGCCAUCGAGAGACUAGUGGAAUCCUUUUAACCUAGAAAAGCCAGGUGCUUUUCCAAAUGCUGCUUGUCCUUUGAAGCCUGCACCCAAAUAUGUAGUGAAAUCAGACAUUUUCAUGUCUUAAAUUUCAUGUGACUCAAGAUAGUAAAGUAAGUGGCAUGCUGGGCAGUGGCAGCAUACAUUUCUAAUCCCAGCACUCAGGAGGCAGAGGCAGGUGGAUCUCUGUGAGUUCCAGGACAGCCUGGUCUACAGAGUGAGUUCCAGGAUAGCCAAGGCUACACAGAGAAACCCUGUCUCAAAAGACAAACAAAACAAAAAUGUAAAUGAUGCAUAGAGACCUUUAGGAGUCAUACAGGGAGAUCAUUCAUCAACGGGUCAUGCAUACUUUUGGAUGUUGCACGUCUGGCUAAACCCCUGGUAUUGCACAGAUUUUUGCCAGAAAUUAUUUCCUGCCCUGCCAAGAGCAAUAUGGAAGUUUAAUACCUUGUCAAACUAGUCUAGUGCUCUUCAGAGCUCACUAAAAGCUGUUCCGCAUCUGAUUUGACCUUUAUUUCACCGGAGACCUCAGAUACAUGAGGAUAUCAAGCCAUAACUUUGCAUUUACUGAACAUCACCUACCAUGCCUUCACUAUGACUAAAAUUUUAUUGGAUACUUCUACUGUAACAGUGACCCAUAAUGUGAAAAACAGUUGCUUAUAUAGUGCUGCUGCUGGUCAGGCAAGUGCUUGUUGUAGUUGUUUUUAAAAUCGCGUCAAACACUGGGGUGAGAAGUUGUAAGCUCCUUGAGAGCAGGGACCAGGUCAUCUUCCAUCUCAUCUAGGCACUCAAUAAAUAUUUGUGGAAAUGA